AUGCUCGCCGUGGCCUCGACGCCCUUUAGCGGGGGAUUCGGCCCCCGUCGGGCACGCUGCAGCCUGCAGGGGGUCGAGCGGUCCCCUGAGACCGCCGCCGGGGGUAAUCCCGGAGCUGCGGGGGGUUUCCCGCCGAUCCCGCGGGCGAAGAGGGUAGUGCUGGUGCGACACGGACAAAGCACGUGGAACGAGGAGGGACGGAUCCAGGGGAGUUCCGAUCACUCGGUGUUGACGCCCAAGGGGGAAUCUCAGGCGGAGACGUCCCGCCAGAUGCUCCUCUCCGACGCCUUCGACGUCUGCUUCACCAGGUUGAUUGGAAGUCCCCCCUCCUCCUCUUCCUCUUUCCCUACCGUCACCAAUGGUGGGUUCCAGUUAUAUCCUCUCCGUGUGGAAUCUUGUGUGGAAAAGAUUGUGUUCUCUGGCAUCAUCGGCAUAAAAGGUCCUUCCUUAUCCCCUAGCAUUUCCAGUGGAUGGCUGCCCAUUUCCAGUGGAUGUGGGCGGAGGAGAUGCAAUUUUGCUGCCGUCGAUGAUUUCGUCCCCUUAUGCCCUGUAAACCGCUUUAUGCUUUCGAUGACGGGAACACAGCAUUCUUGUGCGUUCUGCAGCCCCCUGGCUCGCUCGAAGAGGACUGCCGAGAUUAUAUGGGGGUCGCGCGGUGCGGAGAUGAUCCCAGAUUCCGACUUGAGAGAGAUUGACCUUUAUUCCUUCCAGGUGCCCUCUACUCGUCAAUCCCUGCCGGAGCGGGCACCGCUCGUUGUGGUCUUGCAAACCGCAAUAACCUGUUCAUGGACCAUUGACGCGUCUACUCCUUCCAGGGCCUGUUGAAGCACGAAGGCAAGGCAAAGUUCGGCGAUGCCUACCGCCAAUGGCAGUUGGAUGCCCCGAAUUUCAUCAUCGACGGCCAUUACCCGGUGAGGGAACUGUGGGCGCGAGCAAGAAGCUGUUGGGACCGGAUUUUAGCGCACAAUGGGAAGUCGGUGCUCGUGGUCGCCCACAACGCCGUCAAUCAGGCUCUGGUGGCCACUGCAUUAGGUCCUUCCUCCUGCCCCUGACUGAGGGUUGGGACACACGACGACGAGGUCAAGUUCAUCAUUGGCUGAGUUGGUUCUUCUUUCAGGUUUAAACACCAGGUACUUCAGGUUCUUGCUCCAGAGUAACUGCGGGGUCAGCGUGCUGGACUUCACGCCAAACCCCAGGGGAGGCUCGCCGCUUAUAUGCCUUAAUCGCCUGAAUCAGGUACAUCCAACUUCCCGUGGUAACCAUUCGAUUCUUGGGGGAUCCGCUGCAUCAAGCAGGAAUACUCGUCAGGUGUGGGCCGACAUAAAAGGGUGGUCGCCCGCUCCAAUCUCCCCGGAGCCUCGUGGAAGAAGAAGAUCGAGGAGAUUAUGCAAUGCGGAUGUGGGAUCGAGAACACAAGCUUGCUGUUUCUCAGCGAACUUGUUCCUUCCCAAAAUCAAAUGUUUGGAUGCAGGAAUUCCCGCAUAGAUGACCAGGCUCAUGUUUUUGUUCGUCUGAAUUGGGAAAUGAGCUGUCGUCACCUUUGAGGACUGUGGUGUUAUCAGUGUGCCGGGGGAAGUACGAAUGGCGGAAGGUGCUCCCCCCAUGUUCGUUAUGGGCGGUCUUGUGGGCAGAGGGAGAGGCCAGAAGCCUGACAGAGAGAGAGAGAGAGAGAGAGAGAGAGAGAGAGAGAGAGAGAGAGAGAGAGUUGGAGAUCAGCGAGCGAGGCAUGAUAAUCAAGGGAAUUAGGGUAGCGGCUUGACGGCCGAGAGUAAAACAAAGAUGGUGAGUCAUAUUGAUUCCAUCGUUCUGAUGAGGACCAAGAAAAGAAGAGAAAAACGUUAUAUCGCCUUUGCUCCCCACAUUCUUAUCUGGCAUUUUCAUGCCGGGUUCCAAUUAUUUUCCUGGUUCCUCUACCACUCAUGGAUACGAUGGAGGGGCGGCAUCGCAAUACCAGUUUUUCAUCGUCUGUGAAAAUCGCCGCACAAUAUCUUCACCAGCCCACCACGAUCGCAUGUUCGAUCUAUGAGAAUCAGCGGCUCACAUUUUAUUGCCUUUUUUUUUUUUUUUUUUUUUUCUUGCUCUGUUUGUAGUCGUUUCUUUCUUCCUGCUCAGAACGAAGGCAGGAUGAUCCGAUCGGCCCAGAUCUCUGUGUCAUGCCCGGUGCUAUAUCUUGAGGGCUUUUCCUUUUUCUCCAGAGCCAGUUGCUCCGGUUGAUGUUGUCUCGAGUCCAUCGAGUGUCCUGACGAAGAGUGGCGUUUUUUUUCUUUAUUAUUAUUAUAAAAUAAUUGUGACCACUAAAAACGCCGGCAUGGCUUCUUGCAGACCCCGAAUUCGCCGAUCGCGCGUGGAAGCUCGGGGGGGAGGAAAGCUGCCGGGCGAAUCUUUCUGGUGUGUUACGGAACAACGCAGAGCGGCUCUGAGGUAGGGUGCAAACUAACCCGCGGACUCUCGUUUUGACUUUUAGAGGUCAGCCACGCCAGAACAGCAUGCUGCGUUCUGCGUAGUCAACAGAAAGGGUACCUUUUUAUGGUUCCAGGGAACUACAUUAUUAUAUGGACGGGAUGGCAUAGGUUUCCACAGCCCAAGACUCUGUGUGCCGCAUAAAUCUUAGACAAGCUCAUUCUUCAUCUCACCUCUUUGACAAGCUAGGAUUAGCUGGGCUGGAGCUUGGCCUUCAUCUUCGGGACUGGAUAGGAGAAGGAUGCGCACAGUAGAUGGGUUUUGCAGCGUCUGCUUGUCUUGAUGUGAUCUGGAGCGCUUCUCGUACUCUAUUUAAUCUGCUCUGUGCUCCUUUUCCAGGUCACUUUUGCGAGUUUUGGGUACGAAUCCAUGAAUAUGCUGGGCGUUAUACAGGUAGAUUUUGUUUUGCCCUCGGUUUUGAUUUCCCGGUUGUUGUUGUCUGCGGGAUCUUGCUGAGAUGAUUCCGUCCGAAACUCUCACGGGUUGCAGUCCCAGAAGACCGCGGAGGUGCUUCUUGAUGUCAAGGUCAAUUCGAUAGUAUGCAGUCCCCGGAUCGCCUCCGUGGACACCGCCACCGCCAUCGCCGAGGUGGGGGAGUCUCCGUCCGUUGCUUCUUAUGGGGCUGUGCUCGCAACAUAACCGUGGAGUUUGGGCCUGCUUGCAGGUUCAAGAAGCAGCGGAUUGCUUGGGUGCCGACUGCGUGCCUCGGUACGUCGAGAUGAAGAACAUGCUGGAGCUUGAAGUCGAAGGCUUCCUCCCGGCGAGCGGCGGCGGCGGCGGCGGCGUCGGGGUGAGAGAAUUGUGGGAUCAGUCUGGGAGAGCUUGGGAACUUGUGCUGAAGGAGCUGGCGGCCGAGUCAGAGCCGGAGAGGAAUGUGGUGGCGGUCGGGCACCCUGCGCUCCACGUCGCGCUGAUCGGGCACUGCUUGGGUCUGACCGAGGCGAUGAUGGGGUCUUUUCAUCUCGACAGCGGCAGCAUCUCCGUCAUCGACUUUCCCGACGGCCCGCGGGGCAGAGGCGUUGUUCGCUGUGUGAACUACACUGCCCACCUGGGGAGAUGGUCGAUUCCUGUGACCAGACCCACCGCCACGAACGACGAAGAGUUUUAG